UAAAUGAUUGCGAAAACACUGAGCCUAACCACAAAAAAUGCUAUAGGCACAGUAGAAAUAGCUAUACUGUGAUAUAGGCUCAAUCUAAAGUAAAAUAAAAUAGUCCAACAAAAAUCAUCUAUAGAUUUUGGUAAUUUCUAGAGGUUCAGUAUUUAAUCUCAAAAUAAAUUCAAUUAUCUUUGACAAGAUUCGAAUAUGACCCGGAUAAGUAGUGAAGGAAGACAUCUGUGAUUUUCUGCUAACAAUUGAUCUAAGAAAAAUAAGUAUGGUUAGUUUGAAUAAAUCUUUCCUUUAUGGCAUAUGUUUUGCUUCUUUAACAUGGAUGAUUUCUUUGUAUUUAUACUUCCAAAUAUCAAAUAGUGACGCCAAUGGUUGGGGGUAUUUAACUACUCCUCAAGAAAAGUCAACAUCUUUCCCAUGGGUUAACUCAAAUUUUGGUUUUUUUCGCCAAACAACCAAUUUCAACAGCGAUAAAUUACUGGAGAAACUGAAACCUUUUAUUUCUACACCAAUUAGUGAAAAUAAGUUUGAACAAGAAUUGAUGGAUUUGGGAAUGGUGAAAAAUGAAGAAGAUAAAGAGAUCAGAGAGACAGGUUACAAAAUUCAUGCUUAUAAUGUGCUGAUUAGUAAUCGUCUUGGCCUCAACCGUAGUAUACCAGAUACUAGAAAUUCUUUGUGUGCAAACAGAACAUAUCAAAGCAGCCUUCCUAAAGCAAGCAUAAUUGUAUGUUUUUAUAAUGAACACUACCAAACUUUGCUUAGAACAAUACACUCUAUUCUGAAUAGAACUCCUAGCCACUUACUAGAAGAAGUUAUUUUAGUUGAUGAUCAAAGUGAUGUAGACAAUAUACAUGAUGACAUUAAGAACUACAUCACACAACAUUCAUUAUCUAAGGUUAAGUUAUUCAAACCAGAUAGCAGGCAAGGAUUGAUUCGUGCCAGACUUUUUGGAUUCAGGAAAGCUCAAGGGGAAGUUCUAAUCUUCUUGGACAGUCACAUAGAAGUUAACAUAGGCUGGAUUGAACCACUACUAGAUAGAAUAAGAGAAAAUAGAACAAACGUAGCUAUGCCUAUCAUUGAUAUUAUCAACCCAGACACUUUUGCAUAUUCAUCAAGCCCAUUAGUGAGAGGUGGAUUCAAUUGGGGUCUGCAUUUUAAAUGGGAUAAUCUACCGAGAGGUACUUUAAAUACAAAAGGGGAUUUCAUCAAGCCAAUAAAAUCACCUACAAUGGCAGGUGGUUUGUUUGCCAUUGACAAAAAAUUCUUCAUUGAUAUUGGUGAAUAUGACGCUGGAAUGAAUAUUUGGGGAGGAGAAAAUUUAGAAAUAUCUUUUAGGAUCUGGAUGUGUGGGGGCACAUUAGAACUAAUACCGUGUAGCAGAGUCGGCCAUAUAUUUAGGCAUAGAAGACCAUAUGGUUCUCCUGAUGGUGAGGAUACAAUGUUAUACAAUUCUCUGAGGGUUGCCCAUGUAUGGAUGGAUGAUUAUAAGGAUUAUUUUCUCAAUCAACGACCUGAUGCAAAAAAUAAGGACUAUGGUGAUAUUUCUUCUCGACAACAACUGCGUAAAGAACUGAAAUGUUACGACUUUGACUGGUACCUCAAAAAUGUCUAUCCAGAGCUCAUUCUUCCCAAUGAUAAUGAGUCGCGUCUCAAAAAAAAGUGGUCAGCCAUCGAACAGGACAAUUUCCAACCAUGGCAUUCAAGAAAAAGGAACUACAUUGACCAGUACCAGUUAAGAAUGUCAAAUAGUUCACUGUGCAUACAGAGUGAGAAGGAUUACAAAACUAAAGGCAGUCUUUUGGUGUUGAGGCCCUGUAUGAGAAUCAAAAACCAAGUAUGGUAUGAAACGGACAGGAAUGAACUAGUUUUGGGGCAUUUACUUUGUUUGCAGUCGGGAAAAAUAUCUCCCAUCUUAUAUAAAUGUCACGAAAUGGCUGGCGAUCAGGAGUGGAAACACAAAGGAGGGAAGGAAACGCCAAUUUACAAUUUGGCAGCUGGUACUUGUUUAGGAGUAGAGCAAAAGGCUGUUAACGCAAUGAUACAGAUGAUGUUGUGCACAGAUUCAAAUUUAACUAAGUGGGAUCUAGUGAGGUGAAGCUAGUCAGCUUUUGAUAAUGGAACAUACAAUCAUUUCGAAUGAGACUGAAAAACAAACUAUAAUUUGCAACGUCCACUAUUAGCUUUAAUGAGAUAUAUUUUUUAUUCAUAAUGAUAAUAUAUAAGAUAACGAAUGAUCUAGACCUAGUACUACUGCAAGAUAUAUACAUUUACGUUUUUCCGGGUUUCAUUCCAUGUUCUGUGUUUUUGAUCCUCACAAGGAUCAUUUUCACAAUGUUUCGGCAAAGUAUCUUUUGCCAUCUUCUGGUGAUGUCUGGAUUUCUGUCUGGAUGUCUGGAAUAACUCGUUAACUAAUGGGGUGUUGAUUAUUUCUUUGGAAGUUUAUUUGUUAAUACUUGGCACUGUAACGUCACAUGAUUCUAAACACUAGUAAACUGAUAGACCAUAUACAGUUUUCUAUUGAAAGAUUUGUUUUAAAUUUCAUAAGCGUCAGCGGUACAGCUCACACUGAAGUGUUUUUCUAUGAAAAUCAUUUUGAUGUAAGUUUCAAUAAUAUUAAUUUUUAAUUGAUUAUCUAUCUUCAUUUCUCAAAAAUCAAUUUUUCCUAGAAAAACACCCCUUUCAAUUUAAAUUAAAGUAAGAAUUUUGAGAAACAUUUGUAUGGUAACAGAGAUUUGUAUUGCUUUAUUUCAGUUUUUUACACUGCUUAACUACAGCAGUUUUCUUUCAAGUCUCCAGAAAAAACUGCAGCCGUAUGGGCUUAUUGCAUUUUCCCUCAUCUUUUUUCAACAUUCUUGUUCUUUGUAAUGGUUUAUACAGGUCCCUUGUUGAAUGUUUGUCAUACUCAUAUUCCUCUGAACAUAAUUGGGGUUCUCCAUAAAUUCAUAAAUCGUUUGCUUCUUGAUCCACUGCUUCAUUUUCACAUAAAAUAUAACAAAUUGUCUGUCCUUUUAUUGCACAUCCUGCAGCUAAGGUUUCUAUUGUUCAGCCCUGUUUUAUUCAGGUAUUCUCUCAAUGGACAAUACCCAGUGAGUAGUCCUGGAAUUUUUCUAAGCCUGUCUCUGCUAUGUUGAAUUGGAUCUUCAGUUUCCAUCCAGAGUGAUACUUUCAUAAAGGUUUUCUCAUUCGUGUCCUCAGGUAUAUUUUUCUAGUAAUCUUCAUGUUUUUUAUAAACCCACUUAACAAUCUGGUUCCGUAAGAAAGUUUUUGGUGCACCUACAGCUGGUUUAGGGCCACACUUAUCAGCUUUUUCAUCAUCUAUGACAUCCGAGUGUCUUUAUAUUCAGUAUAGAGUCAAUAUAUUCUUGUCUGCAAGUGUCCUCAGUUUUUAAGGCAUUCCCAGACCAGUCUUAACGUCACUUUUGGAUUUAUCAGUUCCCCACAUGCAACCUGACUGCAGAAAUAUCUAUCCGCUCAUUUCGCUAUUUCUCUUGUGCAUAGCAAGAUUGCACACACUUCAGUGGAUAACUGAAAUGUAUUUUUCUCUCUGCAAAGUAAAUUCCAGCUCCUGUCACAUGUUCGAUUAUUGACCUGUCUACACCAAGUAUUUCUGCCUAGCAUGUUCUUACGAUGACUGUUCAAUCUUUCCACUUUGAAUUGGCCCUCAUGCUUUACAUUAUUAAGGAUUAGUAGUAUUUCAGUUAGAUCAGCUAAUGUAUUACUCAUUUGGAGGUCUUCAUAUUUCCAAAUACAACAGAACAGAAGAUGAAGUGACGGAAAUGGUUAUCAUAUCAAUUAUUGAUAAAUUAGAUUGACUUGAGAGUGACUAAAUUAGUUAAUUUUUUCAAUUCAUUGAAAAAUAUUGUUUUUUGGGAAUCGGUUGCAUAAUUAUAUUCUUAUUUAAACACAGUGAACAUUCCUUAUAUACAGUUCUGCAGUUAAUUUUUCCCAUGGAAGUGGGAUUAACCCCAAAUAUUCAUUGUGAAGUCAUAUAGUAUUGUUAAUAUUUCUAGUUUUAUUACUAUUCAAAUACUAUUUAAUGCACACUACUUUUCGAUAGAUUGAUUUUGUGAAAUAGUCAAAAUAAUGUUUCUUAUUAUUUUUUUGGGUAUAUAAUCUUCCACAAUCUGUUAAGGUUUAUAUUUUCGUUUUCAACCUCUCUUCUUAGUAAUGGCAACCAGAGAGUAUUUUCUUUAAAUAAUGAAUCAUAUUGAGUGAUGUCUUGAUCAUUUAGAAAGAACAAAAACCCGGCUAGUAAACUGUAGUGAAAUGGAACUUGUUAUAAUCGUGUUCAUGAGGAAGACCCAGCAAUAUGAUUAAACACCAUUUUAUCAAUAAAUAUAAAUCACAUACAUAACAGUGAUAUAGAAGUAACUUAAUUGUCAAAAAAUAUUGGUCGGUCGGUAGCCAGGCGGUUCGACGCGGGUGCUUUGUU